AUGAUUUUCCUUAACGCGCGUCGCUUACGUGACAAGUUCUGGCCGGAGCCUUUGCCCCCGCCGGGGUCUUUCGAGGGACAAACGGUCCUCGUUACAGGGGCCACCGCGGGUCUGGGUCUGGCUGCCGCAGUUCAUUUCGCGACCCUAGGAGCACGAGUGAUCAUGACGACGCGGAGUUUGGCCCGGGGCGAAUCUGCUAGGGAGUACGUCGAACAACGCGCUGGCAUCAUGGGACAAGGAAAGGUUCAUCUCAUGGAAUUGGAUAUGAAUCUAUACUCAUCCUGCGUGUCGUUCGUCAACCAAUUAAAGCAGAGCGAGAUGGGUCUUGACGUCGCUAUCUUAAACGCCGGGAUUAUCAACGUCGACUUUACCCAGAGUCCAGAGGGAUGGGAACAAACAAUCCAAAUAAACACACUCAGCACUACCCUCCUCGGUCUUCUCCUACUGGAAUGGAUGAAGCACUCGCGCAGAGACACCACAAACACCCCACAUCUGGUCUUCGUUACCUCACGAGACCAUCUCGAUCCGGACAUCACCACAUGGACUGAAUGGUCAGAACAACCCGGCAUUCUGCGACAUUUCAGCGACGAGGACAACUGGCCUGUUGGGCAGCUUGAUCCUAACUAUGCCAUUAGCAAGUUGUUGUUGACGUAUGCGGUGGAGGAGAUAUGUAAACUGGCUGUGCGGAGGGAUGGAUCGGUGGAUAUCAUAGUCAACACAGUCUGUCCUGGACUCGUCGCUACAGACCUUGCGCGAGAUGUGGCUAGAAGCUCCACUUUGAUGCAGUUCUUGGUGCCGGUGUAUCAAGGUUUACUGGGUAAAUCGGCGGAUUAUGGUGCGAGGUUUUAUGUUAAGGCUGCGUGUAUGGGGGAGGAUGGACAUGGGAAAUAUGUUCAGUCGACUUUUACGGAUGAGGAAUAUCAAAGGUAUGCAUCAUACUUCCUACUAUUCCAAGGAAAAGACUAA